AAAAAGCAAGUGUUCGGCAAGAGAAAUACUUGUCAAAAGCAGAGGGUGGCUGCAGGGAGCUGAUGGAAUUCAGGCAACCAAAGGCUGCAUCAGACGUGCCUGGGCAUGGGGAAUACUAAUACUUCAGACAGAUAAUCUGUAUUUUGCUCACACCCAGCUCAGACUCCAUUAUUGCUCUCAGAGGCUGCAGGAUUUUCAGCUCUCAUCUGGUUAAUUCUCUGUAAACCAUUCACCAUGUUCCUCGCUCAAGCCUUACUUGGUGGAGGGAGCAAUAGUGGAGGGGGCCUUGCAAGAGGUCUGGGAGGUCUUUUAGCAGGAGGUGGACAAGGAAGAGGGAAUCUUGGAGGACUCGUUGGAGGACUCGUCAACAUUAUCAGUGAGGUAGCAGCUCAGUACACCCCAGAGCCACCCCCAACUCCUCGCAGCCACUUCAUGAACGUGGAAGCCGGCGAGAGUGAGGAGAUCAGUCAGUUCCGCCGACUCUUUGUCCAGCUGGCCGGAGAUGACAUGGAAGUGUGCGCCACCGAGUUGAUGGACAUUCUAAACAAGGUAGUGGCCAGACAUAAAAACUUGAAGACAGAGGGCUUCAGCCUGGACACAUGCCGGAGCAUGGUGUCAGUCAUGGACAGUGACACAACCGGCAAGCUGGGCUUUGAGGAGUUUAAGUACCUGUGGAAUAACAUCAAGAAGUGGCAGUGCGUGUACAAAGAACACUACUCCGACCAGUCAGGAACUCUUGGGAGUGCUCAGCUGCCAGACGCAUUCAAGGCUGCAGGGUUCCAGCUGAACGAACAGCUCUACCAGAUGAUCAUUCGCAGAUACUCCGAUGAAAAUGGGAGCAUGGAUUUCAAUAACUUCAUCAGCUGCUUGGUGCGACUGGAUGGCAUGUUCCGUGCCUUCAAAUCCCUGGACCAAGAUGGAGACGGCCUGGUGAACAUGAACAUUCAAGAGUGGCUGCAGCUGACCAUGUACUCCUGAGGGAACACACUGGAAUGGAACACACUCCAACUGUGUGCUCUUGUUUAUACUGGUGUUAACUAACUGGAGCCUUUCUCCUUCUUCAAGAGCAACCGUUUGUCAAGUCAAGCAAGCUUUGUUGCUAUGAAAGAGCACACAAUAAUGCUUAAAAACGUGUAGUUUAUUGUGAAAUGUUUGUUUUUUCUACUGUGUAUGUUUUACAGUUUGGAUUGCUGAGGGGCUAGCAAAUGGAGCAUUUCUUGAGCUGUGCAAGACUCUGGCUGUGUGCGCGCACACAUGCAUAUGAGUACCUGUAAUAGGAAAGCUAGAAUGAUGAUGG